AUGACAGUUAGUGAAAAAACAUGUCAGAAACUGUUAGAACAACUAAAACAAACAGAACACAUGUUACAAAAUAGUUAUAUGGAAUAUGAUAACAACAAAACACAAGAAUUUAGUACAGAAAACUUAUAUACUAAGAAACUUAGUCUAGGAAUAAAUCUUGAUAAUAAGAAAUAG